AGGGCAGCACCAGGGCAGAGCCCUGGCUGGCUGGGUCACUGUCACAGAAAGCACCAUGAGGCUCCUCCUGGCUGCCCUGCUGUCCCUGUCCCUCGGGGAUCUUGGGCUGGGCCGGGCGCCCCCCAAGGAGAACGUGCGAUGGUGUGCCAUCUCCCAAGACGAGGUGACCAAGUGCUUCCGGCUGCAGAGGAAUAUGAAGAAAGCGCGGGGCCCUCCAGUCUCCUGCAUCAGGAGAGGCUCCUACCGUGACUGUCUCCAGGCCAUUACGGCCAGCAAGCCCCAGACGCACUAUUACGCUGUGGCCGUGGCCAAGAGGAGCAGCAACUUCCGGCUGGACCAGCUGCGGGGCCUGCGCUCCUGCCACACCGGCAUCCGCAGGACCGCGGGGUGGAGGGUCCCCAUAGGGGUUCUCCGCCCGUUCUUGAACUGGACUGGACCCCCCGAGCCCAUCGAGGCAGCUGUGUCCAGGUUCUUCUCAGCCAGCUGCGUUCCUGGAGCGGAUGGAGCUCGGUUUCCCAACUUGUGUCGCCUGUGUGCAGGGACAGGGAAAGAUAAAUGUGCCUUCUCCACCCAGGAGCCCUACUUCGGCUACUCUGGAGCCUUCAAGUGUCUCAGAGAGGGGGCUGGAGACGUGGCCUUCAUCAAGGCAAGCACAGUGUUUGAGGACCUGCCAGACAAGGCCCAGCGGGAUCAGUACAAGCUACUGUGCCUGGACAACACCUGGAGGCCCGUGGACGAGUAUAAGCAGUGCCACCUGGCCCGUGUCUCCUCUCACGCUGUCGUGGCCCGCAGUGUGAACGGCAAGGAGGACUUGAUCUGGGAGUUUCUCCGCCAGGCGCAGGAAAAGUUUGGAAGAAACAAGUCAUCGGCAUUCCAGCUCUUUGGCUCGCCCCCGGGGAAGAAGGACCUGCUGUUCAAGGACUCUGCUCUGGGCUUCGUGCGGGUCCCCGAGAAGAUAGACGCUGGGCUGUACCUGGGCUUUGGCUACCUCUCCUCCAUCCGGAACAUGGAGGAAAUUACCCAGGUGUUGAUUUCCUCCGAGUGCUCAGCUCAAACAUGGGGUUUCGCGGGGGCCCGGGGAGAGAAGGCACCCCUGGGGCUGUGGAGACGGAAGGUUAGGAAAGAGCCUCUGUCUCCACAGAAAGGUGAGGCGGACGCCAUGAGUCUGGACGGAGGAUUUAUCUACACCGCGGGCAAGUGUGGCCUGGUGCCCGUCCUGGCCGAGAAUCAGAAAUCCCAAGCAAACCCAGGCUCCGACUGCGUGAACAGACCGCCGGAAGGGUACCUCGCUGUGGCGGCCGUUCGGACGUCAGACUCUGGUCUCACCUGGAACUCUCUGAGAGGCAGGAAAUCCUGCCACACAGCGGUGGACAGGACCGCAGGCUGGAUCAUCCCCAUGGGGCUGCUCUUCAACCAGACCAGCUCCUGCAGAUUCGGCGAAUUCUUCAGUCAGAGCUGUGCCCCAGGUGCUGACCCCGCAUCCCCUCUGUGUGCUCUGUGUGUGGGCAAUGCCCAGGGAGAGAACAAGUGUGCAGCCAACAGCCAGGAGCGCUACUACGGCUACACAGGUGCCUUCCGGUGCCUGGCCGAGAGGGCUGGAGACGUUGCGUUCUUGAAGGACUCCACCGUCCUGCAGAACACGGAAGGAAAGAGCCCCGAAUCCUGGGCCAGGGACCUGAAGCUGGCGGACUUCCAGCUGCUCUGCCUCGAUGGCACCCGGAAACCUGUGACCGAGGCUCGCAGCUGCCACCUGGCCAAGGCCCCAAACCACGCUGUGGUGUCUCGGAAAGAGAAGGCAGAACUCCUCAAACAGGUGCUGCUGGACCAACAGGCUCGAUUUGGAAGAAGCGGAUCCAGGUGCCCGGGAGAGUUUUGCCUGUUCCAGUCUGAAACCAAAAACCUUCUGUUCAACGACAACACGGAGUGCCUGGCCACACUGCGCGGCAGACCCUCCUAUGAGGAGUACCUGGGCCGGGAGUACGUCACGGCCACCGCGAACGUGAAGCGCUGCUCCACCUCCGCUCUCCUGGAAGCCUGCACUUUCCUCAGCCAGUGAACCCCAAGGAGACACCCCUGUCUCCAGCGUCCCCUCGCUGUCCCCUCUGCCAAGCCCCUCAGCCCCAAUCCGAUCGGAUCCAGUGCUGGGAUCACAUCUUCCUUGCCCGGGAUGAGGGUCCAGUCCCUCUGCUUUCAUCGCUCCCUGCUGUUGCUUUAGGAAGAAAUAUACUUUGUGACUGAAA